UGAGAGCUUUCUAUUUCUUUUAAGAUGUUGAAUACAUAAAUUAUAGAUGUACAUAAUUUGUCUUAUAUUCUUGUUUUCUACGCAGUUUCGUUCAAGUCUCAGUGGCAAGUGGUUCAUCUUGUUCAUGUAUCUAGCUAAGUCAUGGAUUUUAGACUUGUUUGGAUAUUUACCUGCACAUGUUUUUUAAACGUUGUUUUGGUAAAAUCCGAAUUUGACAUAUACGGACAUUUUAAAGUACUGAGACAACACCACAAUUUGAAACAGUGUGCGGUAGAAGAGCUCCAUCAGAAUGGUGUUGGUGGACGUAUAUCUGACCUGACAGGUGUGUGCGAAGUCUUGUCUCAUUCUUGGGGUAGGAACCCAACAAUAGAACCUGGAUAUGGAUAUGUGAAAAAUAUUUACACACGGAAAAACUUUGAACCAGAGAUUGAAGUAGAAAAUAUGGCCUUGACAAUUCCUGGUGUGUUGAAUAUAGGGGCAAAACUGGAUAUACAUUUCAGAUGGCCAAAGAACGAGUGGAAGUCCGACACGAUUUCAUUCCAAUUAAUCGAAGCAUUGAGAGAAGAGUAUUCGGACACCGCUGAUUAUGCGAAAUUAUUGGUGAGUGUUGAUGGCACUGGAGGAUUUUCCUACAUCGAACAAACAGAAAAUGGCGCUAGUCUUGGGUUGACGUUUAGUAAUGUGCCGGGAAUAGUUCCAUCAGCCGAGUGUAAGAUUACGUUUGUAGCCCGGAAAAACUUCUUGCAGAUUCUAGUUGAUGACGAGGUUGUAAAUGAAAGGAGUUUGGAAGUCGUCCGUCUCGACUAUGUCAGACAAGUCAUUAUUAGAAAAUAUACAACUGGCAAUACAAUCAAGAAAAAUCUUUUAUCACUGCGUCGUUUUGAGUUUACUGAAGCGUAAUUUUGAUACGAACUUCAACAAUGAUUUUUGAAAAAGAUAAUUGAAGGUUUCAGUGCUUUCAUGUCGUAUUUUGAGGUUAUAAAUCAAUUAUCAAUUUAUCUAAAAAAAACAAAAAACAACAACAAAAAAAAAAGAAAGAAAAACAACAUCAACAACAAUAAAAAAACACAAAACAUUGGGUAGUAAUUUUUCAUCUGAGCAAAUGGCUUACUUAUUGAUCUAAUAAGUUUGUUUAACCAGAACACACAAUAGAAAUUAGUAAAGCCUUACUAAGAACUUAAUACAUUUGAUAUGUCGUAUUACCGAAGAAAGUGAUAAUAUAUUUAAAGGCUUUCUGUGAAAUAUUCAACAUUUUAAAAAGAGAUCAUUUGAAAGAAUAAAACAUAAAGAAGUAAAAAAAUAGCAAACUCGGUUUGACUGAGUCUGGAAAAGAGAGAUAAUGCAAUGUGUGACACCCGUUACGUCCGAAAUGGAAUUUCAUUAUAAUAGAAUUGAAUAAUUACAUGAUCCCAAGGAACAAUAAAGCACUUAAAGGCCUAGAUUCACUUCUAUAUAAGGGUUCCCCACCAAAUCCAAUAUACAACUCCUAUCUUUUUUGCUGCUUAUCAGCGAUUAUGUAACAGUAACUGAUUAGAGGGCAAUUAGCACAGCAGGGACCCCAACUAGACCAUGAGGAUGUGUGCAGUGGAGUUGAAAGAAAUUAUUUUUUCUUCAGUAAAUGUGGAAUGAUAAUAAUAAUAAUUAUUAUUUUGAUAUUAUAUAGAUGAUAAUAACUAUUACUUUAGUGUUAUAAUAAUGAUGAUAAUAAUAAUAAUAAAAAUAAUCAUAAUUAUUACUAUUAUUAUUAUAUAAUCAUAAUUAUUACUAUUAUUAUUAUUAUUAUUAUUAUAUAAUCAUAAUUAUUACUACUAUUAUUAUUAUUAUUAUUAUUAUAUUACACAUAGGAUGAUAAAAGAUACAGUAAUAAUAUUGAAAAUAAUAAUGAUAAUAAAACACAAGUAUAUAGUGUAAACUUCAUGAGUUCUUUCACAGUGCUGACAAACAAUAUUUUUCGAACUGGGCAUUGAUUUUCUUGUAUUCAUGUAAUCAACAUUAUUUGAAUAUACAAUUAUUGUGUUCCAUCUGUACUCAAAUUUCAUUUUCAGUAUGUUGCCAGAAGUGACCUUUUUCAUGCUUUGCUUUGUAACUAUGAAAUGCACAGUCUGUUUUCAAGUUAGACAAAUGUUAUUUACAGUAUUCUGCAAGCUUUAGAUGAGUGAAAGUCACAUUUUUCUGAAAUAUCACAAUUCUCCAGACACAAUUUGAAAAAAUAAAAACUUGCAUCUUUCUUUAAGUAAGUUUCUCAUUAUUUCAUUAUUAGGAAAAUAAGUUUCUGAUUAUUUUAUUAUAAUUGUGUUUGAUCAACAAAUAUUUUUCUUUACACAGAAAUCCAAAAAUAGUAUAACUUAUAACUUAAAAAGUUAUCAAUUAUUUAUUAAUUUAAAAUAAAUUACAUUGUUUCCCCUUCUCACUAACUGAUACACUUGUAAGGUAGACUGACUCUCCAAUAAACAAUGACCCUUGUUUAUUGGAACCAUACUGUGAUGGGCAUUAGCCCCCAACUGUGCUGGUGAAGAUAGAAAUCCCUUGGCCCACUGCCAAAAUCUAGGCCUUUAAGUGCAAGUUCGGCGAGAUAUUUAUCAGCCGGUACACGUCACUUCAGGAGUGUUUACUAUUAUAACAGUUAGUAUGUCAAAAGAUCAAUUUGGAGCAACGAACGGAAAGAAAGCAACAUAAUCAUUGCAGAUUCGGUUUAACUGAGUCAGUUCAUUAACCAGCAUUUAUCUCUUUGAAUAUGGUAUUAGUCUUGAUAUUAGUCAAUAAUUUAAAAGUUGUAGAUAAGUGGCGAAUUUUCAAAAAGAAAUGUUGAUAAUUAUGAUGAAAGAGAAGAAAUAGGGGUUACACUUUGUGCUAUCAUUCAAUGACAGUUGUGUGUUUUAAUUCAAAUAAAAAUUCAAAUCUGCAUUAAAUUGUGGAUAGACCUCAGAACUUUCAAGAGAGCAGAAAAGUGAUUUUAAAUAUAUUAGGAAUGAGAGCAAAUAUGUUUCAUUUAUUAUUUAAAUAUUACAGUCGUUAUCAUUAAACGAACUUCAGUACAUCCAGAUUUUGGAAUCAAGUAAAUAGACAGAAAUCAAUUUACAAGAAGAAUUGCAUUUUAUUGACUGAAGGCAAUAAGUGUUUGUUUAUCAACAGGAAAAGGUUAAUAAUUACCCCUAAAAAUAUUUCAGUUAAUAUAAGACCAAAAUAGCAUCUUUUUCUUAAGUCUUUUUAAUAAUUUUCUUAUAAUCACGUAGCGACAAACUAAAGGUUUCUGAACAAAAUUCCAUUUCCAUAACGAAUAGUGAUUACUGUGUUAAUGUUUUCAUACUUUUUGUUGUUUAUUAUUUGUAUUGUAUACUUAACUGAGUUUGUGUUUGACAAAAUAUCAAUAGCUCCGAAUUAUAUCCAUUUGAGUUUGGUUUGUGUAAUCUCAGUUGCAUAGAGAUGACAGAAAGAAGGCAAUGGCCAUUAUUGAUAAAUGACAAUCUGAGAAUGUAUGUGCUAAAGCAUCAAACACUGAAUCAGGAAAAAUCAUAUUCCUCAGUUUAGUAAUUCUAAAUAAAGUAAAAGGAGAAAUCUUUAUCUGAGAAAUUUGUAAUACCCGUCAAAUUUCAAUUGCACCUCAAGACUAAGUUUCAUAUUCAGCAAUUAGUGAGGAAAAUUAAGCAAAAAGUAGAUCUUUUAAUAGAUGUUAUUCCUGAACCUGACGUGAUGACAUAGGAAGAUCCGAUUAACAUGAUAUGAGCCGUGCCAUGAGAAAACCAACAUAGUGGCUUUGCGACCAGCAUGUAUCCCGACCAGCCUGCGCAUUCGCGCAGUCUGGUCAGGAUCCAUGCUGUUCGCUAACAGCUUUUAUAUUUGUAUUAGACUUUGAAAGCGAACAGCAUGGAUCCUGACCAGACUGUGCGGAUGCGCAGGCUGGGCUGGAUCCAUGCUGGUCGCAAAGCCACUAUGUUGGUUUUCUCAUGGCGCAGCUCAUAUGUUAAUCUGAUUAACACAUAUCAAUGUUUAUAUCUUAUAUUGCAUGGCAAAGUAGUGUCAGAAAAAGUGCUGUAUGAUAAGAAUACUUAUGCAAUUGUUGUUCAUCCUCUUUACUUAACUUUAGUCAUCUUCAAAUUGCUUCAUGUUUUCUGCAAUAAAUAUUGUAAAUGAACAAAUGUGAAAUCAAAACACUCCUUGGUAAAAUGUUACCAAGAAAACUCUGAAUACUUUUGAACAUGGUGAAAAUUAAACAUAAAAGUAAUAGAUUUUAUGCUAUAAAACUUUUAGUUCUUUCCUUACAUGACACAGAUAGAUUAAAUUAAUACGAAAGAUGAACAUUCCAAACGCAUGCCAUUUAAACAAGAGCAAACAUUUUGUAGCUCUUAAUUUUGCUAUUUCAAAAACGUUUAAAAAUGUUUUAUAAUUAAACUAUUUAUGCCUCUAUACAUCACCAUUUUUUACUUCGUCAUCUACAAGUUACUAAUAACAUUGUAUAUGAAUUUCAUUUAGCAACAAAUCGGUAAAGUACUUGUUAAAAUUUGCAAUGAAAUUUGUAAAAAGAGACUAUAGUUCAUUAAUAUUCUAUAACUGGUUCAUCUUCUUUCUUGUUUAUGUUUCAUGUUUUUUACUAUUUUUAACCACCCAUUACAUUGUUUACAUGUUUAUUCCACUUGUUGUUUUCUGUAAUUGUUGUUUGUUUUUCUAAUACUUGAUUUUGAAUUUGAAGAGAGACACGUCCUUUCUUUCUAUAAGCUCAUUUGUAAAAAUCUAGUUCAUUUCUACGUGUGGUAUUUUAUUCAGAAAUCAAAGGAAACUCAAAUAUGAGGUAGAUAUCUUAAUGUAACAAAUGUUAAAAAAUGAAAACUUGUGAAUCGUCCACUACAAAAGUAAUUUACAAAUGAGGAAAGUUAAACAAUUUUUCUUUCAACUAUCAAAUCAUCUUAUUUUCCUACAUGGCAUAUGUUCAGGUAAGCAGAAACCAUAACAAGUGCAAGUGCAGCUUGGUAUUCUAGGAACAAAUAAAGCUCUUCUCUUCAUUUUGCUUGCCAAUGAAAUGCAUAUUAAUAACAUGUAUAUCUAAGCAUUAGUAAGUAUUUAACUGUCCGUCAGUUUACGUUUUAGGCCAUAGUUUUUCACGUUUCAACAAAAGCAUCGAAUGUUGAAAAUAACAUAGGCCAUUAACAAAUACUUUUUAGUUGAGACUACCUUGUUUACAUUGUAUUCCAAUUUCUUGUUUACUAUUGCAUACUUUAUUGAUUAACUUUGAAUUUGAAGUGAAUUAUAAUCAUUUUUCAAUGACAUAGGUAACAAUAGUUUGUUUUCUUAUUUUAUUUUUUACCAUCUUACUCAUUUAAUCAAACAAAACUCGAAUGAACUCAAGAACAUGUUUUUCUGUCAGAACUUUCUGUAAUUAAUGAAUUCUAUCAUUCAUAUUUGGUAGUUAAUGUGGAAAAUUAACAUCAAAGUGUUAUAUUAUAUGCUAUAAGAUUUUUCUUAACAAGGCAUAUAUAAACCAAAUUUGUAUAGCAAAUAAAAUAUUCAGAUAUUUUGUUUAAUGAAAAGGAUAAAUUUCUUCACAAUCAUAACAUCUGACUUCGAAAAAAGUAAACAGAAAGAAUUCAACCAAAAUCUUGCUGUAAAUACUGCAUUACAAUAAUUUUAAUGUAAACUUGAGGAAAUUUAUGAUCUAUCGUUUAAUUCAAUUUUGAAAGACAAACUCUAUGAAAUAAGGGAUAUUCCAAAUGAAACAUGGAAAACGAUCAAUACCAAACAAUUUCCUAUUUCGUAAACGUUUGUAGGACUCAAGAGUUUUGUCAAUAUCCGGCUUAAGUGAAAUUUAAUAUUGUUGCUUUUGAACUACGUUUUAAAAUUCUCAGACACUUGAGAAAAUGAAAGGUAUACAAUACAUGUACAAUUACUUGGAAGAAGUUGAAACACAAAAAGAAGGGAUCAAUAUAUUUUUACAGAUUGAGAAACAAAGAGUUUAUAUAAUUUUGUAUGACCUAUGAAUCUGUUUGAGACUAUUUCUUAUUAUCCACUCUGUAAAUAAAAAUUAUUGUGAUGUUC